UGUUAGCAGAUUAGCUCUGUGCUGUUAAUCCAGUUUCAGCCAUGAUGGCGGACAGGAGGACCACAGUCCUGCUCUCAGUGCUGCUGUUUGCGUCUGCGGCGGCGUUCGUGGAGGAGCUCGAUGAUUCCUUCAUGGAGACAAAAGGAGACGAUGAAAUCUGGCUCAUCAAGUUUUACGCCCCCUGGUGUACGUUCUGUAAACAACUGGAUCCGGUUUGGCAUCAGAUUGGAUCAGAACUUAGGAGUCUCGGCUCUCCGGUCCACAUCGGCAAAUCUGAUGCAACGGCCAACACCGGUCUGGCCAAAGAGUUUCGCGUCAGAACGUAUCCAGCCAUCCUUAUGUUAAAGAAGAAUAUAAAAUAUAAUUAUUCAGGCGCGAGAACCAAAGAGGGAAUAAUGGACUUUGCUAAUCGGAUUGCUGGGCCGCUGGUUCGAUCACUUAGUAGUGUGCAGCUCUUCCAUCACGCCAUGAGCCGCCAUGAUGUCAUGUUUGUUUAUGUAGGAGCCACGUCACCGCUAAAGGGAAACUACACAUCAGUCGCUGAGCAGCUGAUUGUCCACACUUACUUCUUCUCAGCCAGCAGAGACGUCCUACCGAAGGCGGUGUCUCUGUCCACUCUGCCUGCUGUGGUGGUUUUUAAAGAUGGGACUUACUUCACCUACAGCGAGGAACGUGACGGGGACCUGAAGUUGUGGAUCAACAGAGAACGAUUCCCAAACUUCUCCCAGAUCGACAGCUACACUCUGUAUGCCAUGGGAGAGACAGGUAAGCUGGUGCUGUUGGCGUUGGUGGAGGAGAAGCACCUGUGUGAAGAAAGUCUCAGGUAUAAGAGUCUGUUGGAAAAUGUGGCUGCAGAGCACAGAGAGAGCUACAGCAGGGACAUGUACUUUGGCUUCAUGGCCGGCUCUGAUUACAUCAGCGGCCUGGUGAUGGGUGAGAUCAUUGUGCCCACAUUCAUCGUGGUGAAUCUGUCCAAUGAUGGCUACUUCCUGCCCCCUGGCACUGUGCAAACGGAGCACAACCUGCUGGACUUCCUGGACGGCGUGCUGAACGGCAGCGUGCAGGGUCAUGGAGGAAACGGCGCCCUUCAACGAGUCAGACGCCUCGUUUAUGAUACCAGAGUCACGCUGGCACCCGUCUUCAGCCAGGCGCCGCUGCUUGGCUGCUUUCUGGUCGCCUUUCCACUUACCAUCGGCGCCUGCUUCUGCUACCUGUGCUUUAAGGCCCGCCCCACUGUGGUCGAUGAAGAUGGCACGCCACUGUUAGCGCCUCCGCUGGGAGGCCACAAAAAAACGAGCAAGAAGAAGUCAGACUGAUGGCAAGGACUACCGAGAGGACCUGAGACCUUCCAGAAUCACGGCUGACCGAGCAGAAGCCUAGCCGAGGAUGUUUUCCUCUGAUCUGUGACAACUCGGCCUGAAUCCCACAGUAAUCGAUGAAAAAGGUUCUAUUGAAACAGCUGCGAUCAAUAAAACAAAAAGCAAAGAAAAUGUGUUCUAUGAAAGUUUGUUUCCUUCAGAGUGCAAACACAAACCAGCCUGUGUCCCGCCACAACACAGGUACACACAGGAAGUACUCGGUGCUACAGUUACAGGUUGGCGGUAAGAUGGUGGAGUGGACAUGUGUGUGUUUGUCGCCUCACCUUUACCCACCCCGAAUGUUGUUUUCCUUUGUUGAACACAUCCCCAGAACCAGAAGUCCGACAUGCCGACCGAGAAAAGAUAAACCUGGUGUGGCCUCUUCCACAUGUGAGCACGACUACACGGAGGCUGCAGGCAGCAACAGCAUGAAAGAAGGAAUCCUCCUUUAACCCUGUCAAAGUCCACAGCUCCUCCCUUGAAGCUUAAGAGCCAUGACGAAGAUCCGACUCUGCUCUUGUUGAGGCUAUACAAAAGUCAACUACUAAGGUAGACAGUUUUGGUGAGCAGCUAACAGAGAACUCAGUUAUCGCUAAGCUUUUUGAAAUGAAUGCUGCCGCAAAAGUAAAAUUCAAGCACAGGAGAAAGAAGUACCCGGUCAAGUAAAAUGAUUUGAUGCUGAGAGGUCUGUUUGAUCAGACUGCAGAGCUCGACAACACCAAACAUUUCACACUCUUCUGAUCAGCCGAACUCUUCUCCAUAGAUAACUGCAUGAUGUUAAAGUUAUUCCAUGUCACUGCGCUUCCUGUAAACUGUAAUAACUUGUGUUUAUUUAGCUUCAUAUCUAAGACGGAGACAGACUCCACCCUGGGCUGGGAAACCUUGAGCUCAGGUGUUAGAUCCUCGGUGCUGCAGGUAAAAACAUGAAGGAAACAUGAGGCUGCCAUGUUAUAUCAGGACGUCCCCUGUAUGACAUCAUCCAGGCCGGUGUUCCUCAAUCCCCGGGCCAUGGACCAGUACCAGUCCGUGAGUCGUUUGGUACCGGGCCACGAGAGUUGAGGCUCGGGUGUGAAAUUUAUGGUUUUCAGGGGUUUUAUCUUUAACUCGGUUUCCCCGGGUCUUUUCCCGUGUUGUAGUUGUGUCUUAUUUUGAAAGAAGUAUUUACGCACUACCAUAGCGACCAGAGAGCAUUAAGAGAGGAGGAUGUUACUCUCAAUGUUGUUGGCGCAUUUCAGGAGGACGCUGCUAAUAAAGUUAAACAAUUACACAGUG